GCAUGCUAGAAGCAGCUGUGAAUACACGGACAGGAAGCUAGCUAAGUGUUGGACAGCUGCAGUGUAUUAGCUAUUAAAACAACAUAAUUAAGAUUUGUGUUGAUAGUCGGUAGAUAAAACCAGUAUGACUAACAUGCUGGUGUCACUGGAAUAGCAAACGUUUCGCUUUUACUGCCUUUUUAUACGGUUUUUUAGCCGUUAGCUAAUUAGCUUGCUUUAGCUAGCUAGCUAGCUGUCACCGGGUUGUUUUGUUCUGUGUAAAAGUGGCCGUUUCCUUUUUUAACACAUGAGUGUGUCUAUGGUUGUUAUCCGUCUGGAACUAGCCGACCAGUCUCCUUCUCCACAAGGUUUCCAGUACUCUGCUGUUGAAGGCAUGUCGGAGAAGGAGCUGCAGGAGAAAGCUCUCGGUGUCGCCAAACACACUCUGAGUGGAAAGACGGAUCUGGAACGAGCCGCUGUGCUGCACCAACACAUUGGCAGCAGAGCCAUGGGGGACAUGGUCAUAGAAACCUUCGAGCCCAGCCCAGAUAAAGGAGGAGGUGAAGGUGAAGCUGAAGCUGGUUCAUCAGAGCAGGACGGAGAACCUCCGGCUGAAGCAGACGUUCUGGAGGGAACCGAAGUGUCACCGGACGACAGCGAGGCGACCGGCGCGGCACCCGAGUCGCCCUCCAAGCAGCUGCCGGACCAGAUCUCCUUCUUCAGCGGGAACCCGUCCGUGGAGAUCGUCCAUGGCAUCAUGCACCUCUACAAGACCAACAAAAUGACGUCGCUGACGGAGGACGUGAGGCGCAGCGCGAUGGUGUGCAUCCUGACCGUCCCCGCCACCAUGACCAGCCACGACCUCAUGAAGCUGCUGGCGCCUUUUAACGACGUCAUGGAGCAUAUGAAGAUCAUCCGGGACUCUACCCCGAACCAGUACAUGGUUCUGAUUAAGUUCUGUACGCAGGCCGACGCAGACAGUUUCUACACGGCAUGUAACGGCCGCCAGUUCAACUCCAUCGAGGACGCUGUUUGUCAAAUGGUUUAUGUGGAGCGGGCCGAGGUCAUAAAGUCUGAAGAGGGAGCCAGUCUGCCGGUGAUGGAGCUGACCGAGCUGCCGAAGUGCACCGUGUGUCUGGAGAGAAUGGACGAGUCGGUCAACGGCAUCCUCACCACUCUCUGCAACCACAGCUUCCACAGCCAGUGUCUCCAGCGGUGGGACGACGCCACGUGUCCUGUGUGUCGAUACUGUCAAACACCAGAACCAGUGGAAGAGAACAAGUGCUUUGAGUGUGGAGUGCAGGAGAACCUGUGGAUUUGUUUGAUCUGCGGUCACAUCGGUUGCGGUCGCUACGUCAGCCGGCAUGCCUACAAACACUUUGAGGAAACGCAGCACACGUACGCCAUGCAGCUCACCAACCACCGGGUGUGGGACUACGCCGGAGAUAACUACGUCCAUCGACUGGUGGCCAGUAAGACUGAUGGGAAGAUGGUGCAGUACGAGUGUGAGGGAGACACCUGCCACGCCGAGAAAAUAGACGCGCUUCAACUCGAGUACUCGUACCUGCUGACGAGUCAGCUGGACUCUCAGAGGAUCUACUGGGAGAACAAGAUCGUGCACCUGGAGAAGGAGACGGCCGAGGAGAUCAACAACAUGAAAGUUAAAUUCAAGGAGACUCUGGAGCGCUGCGACAAUCUGGAGAGACGGUUUGGAGAAAUCGGCAAAGAGAAGCAGGGCAUCGAGAAAAAGUGCACUCAGCUGCACACUCGAGUGGUGAAGCUGAGCCAGGAGCUGAAGGAGGAGCAGGAGAUGAACCGCUGUCUGAGAGCCAAUCAGACGCAGCUGCAGUCCCAGCUGGUGGAGGAGGAACGCAAAGGAAAGGAGAGCGGGGAGCAUAAGGACGGGGCGAUAUCGGAACUGCAGGAGCAGCUGAGGGACGUCAUGUUCUACCUGGAGGCUCAGCAGCAGAUCGAACACCUUCCUCCGGAGGCUCGCAGCGAGAUCCAGGAGGGACAGAUCAACAUCGGGGCCAGCCCGUCGGACGCCGCCGGAGAAGCAGGAGGCCCCUCCUCCUCCUCCGGCAGAGGGAGGCGGGGCCGAGGCAGGAAGAGGAAGUAAAACACUGACUUAAAAUAACCUGCGAGAAACUAUCGGACACGUGUCUCAAACGCCUCAACUUCUUGAAGAAGAGACUAAAUAUUUAGCUGCACAGUUUCCCAACUUAACUUGAUGUAGCUGAAGAAAAGUGGAUCGUGCUGGAGCAUCUUUACAGACAAAAACAAAGAAUAUAAAUCGCUGAAACAGUCAGAAUUAUGUCCAUUUGUUCCCAGUUUGUUUAAAAUGUAAAGAUUUGUUUCUUAAAUCCUUUCAGGACUUUAGUGUCCAUUCUUCAGUACAACGCAGGAAUGUUUUACCUUUUUUCCAACAUUACUCCUCGAUAGUUUCCACUGAGCAGUACUCGGGUUUCAGGAAGAUAACCAGCCGAUCGUUGAUGGAGCUGCUGAUGAAGCUCAUGGGUUCUGACCCGAAGCUGUGAGAGAUGCGAGCAUGUCCGUCUGUCCCGUAUACAAAGCGCUCCGAUCACACAACUUACUGUAGACACAUUGACCUAUGACACCUUAAAGGUACGGCGACAUGUCGGCGUGUCGAGGAAGCAACAGGCGGUUUCUAUUCACUCCUUUUUUAAGCAUUUGUGCUUUUUGUUUGUUACUUAGUGAAACGUUUUAACCUGCAGAAUGUUCACGUGAAAGCUUUAGAUCGACCCGAAAGGCCUUAACUCAGACGGACAUCUUUGUGUUUUUGUUUAACAAUUGGCUCAUAAAGUCAUUUAGACUCAACCGGUAGAAAAACAAGACGCUUUGUGAGAAAUGGAUGCUUUCGGAAGCAGAAAGUACGGAAGACCUGAGAGGCAAAUGAGAAGAAAAUAAUCUGAUUUUAAUAGUUUUCUCGUCUGUUUAUGACUUUAAAAAAUGUUUCCCAGAAUUAUUUUCCAAGUUCUUUGUUUUCUCUUUCUGUAAAAGGUGAGAAAGGUGUUUGUUGUUGUAAUUCUCAUUUUAGCCACAAGUUCACCUCUUCCCAGUGUUUAUGUUUUUUCCAAGUUAAAUUUUUAUUUUUCCAUGAACUCUAAACACAAAGUACAAAUCAUGUUUGUCAGCACGUCUUUGCACUUUAGUCUCUCGGGGUGAAAUGACAAAACGGGAACUGUUUAAAAUUAUUUUAUCAUAAAUGAUGUUUAAUCACCCUGGAAAACCUUUUCCUUUCUCACACGGGGAAAAAAGUAUAUAUUAUUUAAUUAUCUUAUUAAAUCACCCUGGAGAAACUUU